CUCUCCUCCCUCCCGUUCCUGGGAAAGAGAAGCCAAAGCUGCGGGUGGGUAGGGAAGCACUCGGCGCCUCCGGGAGGGAACCGCGCCCGCCCCAGCUGAGCCCCGGAGCACGGCCAGACCAGGUUACACAAUAUCCUCCUAUGCCUGAGACCUACAGACUACGUGUCCUACAAGAACUAAUGAAUGAUUUUUCAUCUCCUGGAGAUAAAUUAGAAACAUAAAUAUGGUGCCAAAAGAACUCCUUACCUUACUCUGACUACGGUUUAUUUGGACAUACUUUUGUAUUGAAGAGAGGUAUACAAGUUAAGGCUACCUGUGCAGAGACUCUGUCGUGUAGGAUCAUGGACCAUCCUAGUAGGGAAAAGGAUGAAAGACAACGGGCAACUAAACCCAUGGCACAAAGGAGUGGACACUGUUCUCGACCAUCUGGCUCCUCGACAUCAUCUGGGGUUCUUAUGGUGGGACCCAACUUCAGGGUUGGCAAGAAGAUAGGGUGUGGGAACUUCGGAGAGCUCAGAUUAGGUAAAAAUCUCUACACCAAUGAAUAUGUAGCUAUCAAACUGGAACCAAUAAAAUCACGUGCUCCACAGCUUCAUUUAGAGUACAGGUUUUAUAAACAGCUCGGCAGUGCAGGUGAUGGUCUCCCACAGGUAUAUUAUUUUGGACCGUGUGGGAAAUAUAAUGCCAUGGUGCUGGAGCUUCUUGGCCCUAGCUUGGAGGACUUGUUUGACCUCUGUGACCGAACUUUUACUUUGAAGACUGUGUUAAUGAUAGCCAUUCAGUUGCUUUCCCGAAUGGAAUAUGUGCACUCAAAGAAUCUCAUUUACCGAGAUGUCAAGCCAGAGAACUUCCUGAUUGGCCGACAAGGCAACAAGAAAGAGCAUGUUAUACACAUUAUAGACUUUGGACUGGCCAAGGAAUACCUUGACCCUGAAACCAAAAAACAUAUACCUUAUAGGGAACACAAAAGUUUAACUGGAACUGCAAGAUACAUGUCUAUCAACACGCAUCUUGGCAAAGAGCAAAGCCGGCGGGAUGAUUUGGAAGCCCUAGGCCAUAUGUUCAUGUAUUUCCUUCGAGGCAGCCUACCCUGGCAAGGACUCAAGGCUGAUACAUUAAAAGAAAGAUAUCAGAAAAUUGGUGACACCAAAAGGAAUACUCCCGUUGAAACUCUCUGUGAAAACUUUCCAGAGGAGAUGGCAACCUACCUGCGCUAUGUCAGGCGAUUAGACUUCUUUGAAAAACCUGACUAUGAGUAUUUACGGACACUCUUCACAGACCUCUUUGAAAGGAAAGGCUACACCUUUGACUACGCGUAUGAUUGGGUCGGGAGGCCUAUUCCUACUCCAGUAGGGUCAGUUCAUGUAGAUUCCGGUGCAUCUGCAAUAACUCGAGAAAGCCACACACACAGGGAUCGGCCGUCACAGCAGCCUCUACGAAAUCAGACUGCAUCGUCAGAGCGCCGAGGAGAGUGGGAAAUCCAGCCCAGCCGGCAGACCAAUACCUCGUACCUGACGUCUCACUUGGCUGCAGACCGCCAUGGGGGAUCAGUGCAGGAAUUUUACUUCUCGUGCACCCUUAUGAAGCUGUAGGAGGAUGAAAAUGAGUGAAUAAACCAAGAAAGAGUAAGUAUGGGAUCCAGGAAAUGAGAUACAAUGCAGGAAAAAGCAGUAUUGAUGUAAUGGUAAAGAUAGGAGGUCCCAGGAUGACAGGUGUACUCCAGUAGAAGAGGACAGCCUGUCCCAAACAGAGCUGGUCAGGAGGCCCUGAGAGUAAUUUUACCAAAAUGAUGAAAUGACUAGGAUACUGACAUGUCAGAAUAUCUUGAAAGUACAUAAAUGACACAGUUUGGUUGGAAUUAGUGAUUAGCAAAAAAUGUACAAAACCUAAGUAAAAAUAAAUUUUGAAAGAUCAUUAACUCCAUGGAAAACAAAUUAUACAGGGAAGGAAAGAUGACCAUGGUCUACUCCAUGACACAGCCGUAAUAGCUUUUAAUAGUCAUAAUGUAAACGCUAAGGAUUGAUCUAGUCCGAAUUACAGUAUAAACUUUAAUGGGAGAAUAGAAAGAUGGAAAAGGUGAAUAUACUGCCUAAAAAUGACAAAUCAAGAUGCAUGUUAUUCAGGGGUAUGGAAGCAAAAAAUAAAGGAAUCAGCUGCAAAGGAAGGGGAAAUGGUGGAGUGGAGGAAAGAGAUGAUUGUUUUUCCUAAAAAUCCUUGUAGAAAUAUUUGAUUCUUUACACAAUGUGCUUAUAUAACUGAUAAGAAUAAAACCUAACAAUUAAAAAAUAUAUAUAAACAUAUAUAUACACACAUAUCAGUUUCUAAUUAUCUCAUUUGCAAAAAAUUGUAAGUUUAAUGAUAACCAAUCCAUCUACCAUUGUUGAAAUGUGAGUUAUCACUAUCAUGGAGGGUAAUUUGGCAAUACCUGUUAAAAAUCUUAAAUAUCUACACUUUUUGAUCCAGUGAAUCCAGUUUCAGAUAAAUAUCCCUCAAAAAUGCACAGAUAAUAAAGAUACAUGUUCCAGAACAAUGCUGUUAAAAGAAAUGUCUCAUUUGUAAUUUAAAAUUGUCUCGUAAUCACAUUAAAAAAUAAAAACAGGUGAAACUAACCUUAAUAAUAUAUUUACCCCAGUAUGUCUAAAAUAGUUCAACAUGAUGUUUUAAAGAACUCAAGAGUAGAAUAGGCUAUUAUAUUCACAUAGAUAUUUGCAGCUUUUGAUUCUCUUUAUUCAUUCCUGACUUUCUGAAGGGUAUGAUUUCCCUUCUGUUCGAAGCUUAGCUUCCUUCCACCUAGGACCGUCUUUAUUUCACUUUCAUUCUUAAAGGAUAUGGAAUUCUGGAUUGAUAACAAUUUUCUUGUAAGACUUUAAAAAAAAUGGUCUGCCACUUUUUACGGCUUCUGAUGAGAAAUCUGUAGUUUUUUGAAUUUGUAUACCCCUGUGAGCAAUGUAUCGAUUUUUUUCUAGAUACUGAGAUGUUUUAUUUGUUUUGAGUAGUUUUGAACAAUGUGUCUGGGCAUGGAUUUCUUUGGGUCUGUCCUAUUUGGAAUUUUCUCAGCCUCUUGAAUAUGCUGGCUUAUGUCUUUG